CCCUCAGGCACUCCUCGAGUCAGCCAGGAUGGGUUAAUCAUUGUGUCAGAUGGGCAUCUGCCCAUGGACUCACUUUGAGUGGGAAGGGCAGACACAUGGGUGCUUGCAGUCCUGUGAGCUGAGGGCUGUCAUAGAGGAAUGAACAAAUGCAUUGACAGCACCCUGUUCCACUCUCUGUCCCCAUGGGAGACGCUCCUUCCUUGGAGCUCUCCUUUGACUUGGCUGUUCCUCACUUAUCUUAGCAUUCUGUGUCCUGUUUUGGUUAGUCGUGACUGUGUCUGUCUUCUUACCAGAUGGUGAACUCCUCCAGGACAGGGACCUGCCUUCCUUUUCUCUGCACCUGCAGUGCCCGGCACGUAGUCCACUCCAAUCAGCCCAAGUUGAACUCACCAGCUUUGGGAAGUCAGGUGCAUAUGUUAUGCUCGGGGAGAAGAAGCAGGGAGAACAGGGACUCUAACAGCAAUUUGUUUCAGAGCAGAAACCUGCAGUCAGUUCUGGAGGUUUCAUUCAACUUUAUUCAUCUGGAAAAAGUCGACAUUCUGUAUCUCUCCCUUGACUAGAAGAAACCCCACACUUGCGGGAAAUAGCUUCCAAAGCCACGUUCUUCUUGCUUUGGUAAUUUUAGCUCAUUCAGGGCUCAGGUCCCAGCUUGGCAUUGUCGAUCCAAAUAGAUCACUUGCUCCAGAAAUGUUUUGGAACUUCUACAAAGUUAGCAGCGAAGCAGGGGACUAGGCGAUUUCAUAUGCAAAGAUUGUUGCAUGUCAUCAGUGGGAGACUGCCAACAAAAGGAUUUAUUUUAAAAAAGCAAGUGAAAACUUUUAAUUUAAGUUUUGACAUGUUCUGCUGAUGUACAUUGGAGCGAAGGUUGGAACUUGCCUGUUGUCAUCUGUUGCUGAUUCUACUGAAAUGUUAACCAUUGAAAGUUCCUUCUGAUGUGAUUUGUCUUGUUUAAGAACCAAGUAUUUGUUGCAACUAAAUAGUAAGUACUGCAGAGUACUUCAGAAUUCUGGUUCACUGGAUGAAAGGAAAAAAUUGCCCCAUGCAAGCUGAGGUCUUGCUCUUUUGAGUGUUUCUUUUUGGUUGUUUUUGUUAUUCAAGAGCAUACUGGUUUUUAUUUUUAAAAACACACCAGAAAAGUAGAGUUCAAAUUUAGAUCUUUGGCUCCCAAGAUUUAUUCUCUUUCCACUGUGCCUACCUGCUUUGUCUUAUAAGCUCCUUCGAGAAAGAAGAUGUGUGUUCUUCAUUUUAAAAUGCUACCAGAAAAGCAUCCAUGCCCUGAAGAACUUUUCUCUGGUUCAUGUUAGUUCCCCAGCUCUUAAGGUACACUAGAUGGUCAGUCGGACGCUGGAGAGAAACACAGGAGGAGGAACAGACUUUGUUUCUUGCCUUCAAGGACCAAUUCACUAAAUAUUUAUUUAGUACUCACCAGGCUCCAGGUUCAGUGCUGGGAAAUACCAUAUACAUACUCUUGUCUACAUCCUUGUGAGACAGGGCUUCUUGUUUUGUUUACCCCAGGAGAAGAAAGCUACUCAAACGUUUAGUGGCUGCUGUAGGUGCCAGGCAGUGGGCUAAGGUCUUCCCAUAUACACGAAGCUUAUGGAAAACUUAUGGAAGCUUAUGGAAAAUACCCACACUGAGGUCACAGUGGUUGUGCUGGCUCUGAGAUGGUCUAAGGAAGGAGAUGCCAUAGGAUCUGAGAACUGCCUGAUCAUGGUGAUGUGUGUGAUGAUGAUGUGGUGAUCUGGGCUCUGAUCCCACUAGAAGAGUGGUUGGUUAGAAGAGGAGAUGAUGAGUCUAGUUUGAAACAAGAUGAAUCUUGGGGGCCCGUGGGACAUCUGGGCAGAUACUCUAGGAGCAGGAUUAGGCGUGUGGUCCAAGAUUUAGGAGAGUGCUCUAGUGGAGCUGAAGAUCCCAGUGUGGACAUCAUUAACCAUGGGCGUGGUGGGGUCACAGAGGGAGAGGGGGGUCAGAGGAAGGGAAUGGUGCAGAAUUCUUUAGAACACCAGCUUUUAGGGGGUACAGCUAAAGAAGAAGAGCCCCAAAAGAUAACUGGGAAGAAGCAGCCAGAGAUGCACUAAAAUCAAAAGAUAAACAGGAGAGAUGGGUGUUCUAGAAAUCAAAUGAGGAGCGAAGGCUUUGUAUCCUAGAUCUAAGCCUAUUUUUGUUUCUUAUAACUACAUAGCAACCACUUUUUCCUCUGAGCUUAUUGGUGAGAUGUAGGAUAGGACAGCUAAAUAAUAUAUAAGCAGGAGAAGACAGAAUCAUCUCGGAGUAAUAUUUUGGUAGUUUUGGAUGUCUGAAUUUUGCCCCAGUAGCAGAAGGAUCAUACCUGUUCUUUGGGGUCCCGGAAGCAAAAUUAGGUCCAGAGACUGGAAUUUAUAGGAUUUGGUGGGAGGACUAUAAUAAGAGCAGAUGAACACUGCUUCCAACAUGAUGAUGAGCUCCCUGUCUGGGGAGGUGGACAUUCCAGAAUGAACUCCUGCCUUUUGAUAGGAGAAUUGGUUAGAUGAGCUCCUCUCCCAGGUCACUUCCUUAAGUAUCAAGUAGGAAGUAUUAGAGAACUAAAAGAAGAUAGGCUUUGAAAUCAGGCAGUCUGGGUUCCAAUUUUGACUCUGCUUACAAGCUGUGUGACCUUAGGGAGAUUACUUCACUUCUCCAAGUUUCAGGUGCCCAAACAUAGAGAUAGUCGUGAGCUACUGGCCCAUUAUAUUAUUGUGUUAUUAGCAAGGUAACAUGGGAGUUAUCUGGCACAUAGUAGGUACUCAUUAAAGGUAGGUAAUUGAUAAGGACUGUGAUGGUAAGCACUGUUGAGAGAACAGCUUGCUCAGUGUGUGGGAACCACCAUUUAUGGUAGAAAGGAACGAUUUAGAGGACCAAGGAACAGACAGGGUUAAAAUUUAACUUGUGUGUGUUGUAAAUCCUCCUGGGGCUUGACUUUCGCAGGGAAGGAUUCCCAUCUCACCCCAUGUUUUUCCCACCUGUGACCCUAUGGUGGGGCCACUUAUUACCCCGGCAACAGCCUGGUGAAGCACAUGAGGGUAGCUAGACAAAUGAGUCAGCAGGUUGAAGGUUCCUAGUUCCAUCCAUGCCCUAACCCUGUGCCCAGGCCUGGGAGGCUGUGAUAGUGAGAGCCUGGAGACCUACCAAAACCUUGCUCUCAGUUCUUCUCUCCCUUUUUGGAUGGACUCAUCAGGACACUUCUUCAGACAAGCCCACCUGUAAGGAUGGGAUCAUCUGCUCUUACCAGCACUGUACAGAAGAGAAAGAGAAGUGGAAUUCCCUGUGGCUGUCCAAUGAUCACACAGCUGGAAGGGUCUCUUGGGGUUUUCUAGUCCAGUCCCCAUUGUUUUACAGAAGAGAGAAUUGAAAGGAAGUGACCAGUCACCCGGAGAGUGAGUUACAAAGCCAUGCCUCAAACCCUUGUCUCUUGAUUUCUUACUGCUUUACCACAGCAGGGCACUCAUCUUCUUGUUGUCUUGAUUAGAUACAGUCCUAGAAACUUGGGAAUUUUGUCUGCCUCAGAUGUUAUAGAAACAGAGGCCAGAGGAUGAGAGAUAUACAUGCUUUUUCUGUGGCAUGUCUGUUUUUGAAGCAAACAUAGACUUUGCAGGGUUUUUAUACAGUUGAAGAAUUUUAAACUGGCAUACAGUAUUUUUUUAAAGGAAGACAAAGCCUAGGUGAAAUGGUUUAUGUUUAGCCUUUCAGAAUUUCAUCAUAACCAACAACCCCACACCAUAUUAAACUCUGACAUUUGAUUCUUUUAAUUAUCCAGCAUGAUUUUAUGUAAAAUGGACAAUGCCUUUCCCAUUGUAAUUGUACUUCUAAUUCUCCAGGGGUCUCUUCACUUUUGAAGACAGACUUGCAUGGAAUUUCCUGUCUACCAGCCUGUUCUCUAAAACAUUAUUUGCUCAUUACCAUGCCUCCAUUUUUUUUCAAUAGUGAAGACAAAUCUGACCUUGAAAACAGUGUGAUGCAGAAGAAAAUAAAAAUCCCCAAACUUUCUCUCAAUCUCGUAGAAGAAGAUGGGGAGGUUAAAGAUUAUGGGGAAGAAGAUUUACAGCUUAGACACAUCAAGAGACCCGAGGGGCGGAAGCCGAGCGAAGUGGCGCACAAGAGCAUCGAGGCAGUGGUGGCCCGGCUGGAGAAGCAGAACGGCCUGAGCCUGGGCCACGGCACGUGCCCGGAGGAGGUGUUCGUGGAGGCCUCGCCGGGCACGGAGGACAUGGACAGUCUGGAGGACGCCGGCGUGCCCCGGGCUCUGUAUGAGGAGCUGCUGCGCAACUACCAGCAGCAGCAGGAGGAGAUGCGCCACCUCCAGCAGGAGCUGGAGCGGACUCGGAGGCAGCUGGUGCAGCAGGCCAAGAAGCUCAAGGAGUACGGGGCGCUUGUGUCCGAGAUGAAGGAGCUCCGCGACCUCAACCGCAGGCUGCAGGACGUGCUGCUCCUGAGGCUGGGCAGUGGUCCCGCCAUUGACUUGGAAAAAGUAAAGUCAGAAUGUCUCGAGCCCGAGCCGGAGUUACGGAGCACUUUCAGUGAGGAAGCAAAUACGUCGUCCUAUUACCCUGCUCCUGCACCUGUCAUGGACAAGUAUAUCCUAGACAAUGGCAAGGUCCAUCUGGGAAGCGGGAUUUGGGUUGAUGAGGAGAAAUGGCACCAGCUGCAGGUCACGCAAGGAGACUCCAAGUACACGAAGAACCUGGCAGUCAUGAUUUGGGGCACAGACGUUCUGAAGAACAGAAGCGUCACGGGAGUUGCCACAAAAAAAAAGAAAGACGCAGUCCCUAAGCCACCCCUCUCGCCCCACAAACUAAGCAUCGUCAGAGAGUGUUUGUACGACAGAAUAGCACAAGAAACUGUGGAUGAAACUGAAAUUGCACAGAGACUCUCCAAAGUCAACAAGUACAUCUGUGAAAAAAUCAUGGAUAUCAAUAAAUCCUGUAAAAAUGAAGAACGAAGGGAAGCAAAAUACAAUUUGCAAUAAACUUUGGAUUUUUCAUAAAGCCUUCUCGUUUUCCUUGCUUGGCGUGUGAUUUGCGGGCGAUGGUGUUGUCCAGAUCAGACCCCACCAUGCAUGGUGGUGUACGGGCCAGGAGCCAGGAGGGUUCUGGGGUCAGCCGGCCUGUUCUGAACUUGGACUUCUCACUCCAAAGAUGGCAGAUGGAUUUGCUGAGAUUCAGGCAGCAACCUGGCACCAGAGUUGUUCUGGGGAUGGUGAAAAUCCUGUCCUUUUGGAAGGGGAUGAAGUGACUCUGAGUUGCCUAUCACUCGGCCAAGAAUUUGAGCUGAUAUUUUUACCAUUCAAGGACUUCUAUCUUUGUUCCUCUAUUUUGUUCUAUAAUAAAGCUUCAUUAAUUCUUUGCUGUA